AUGGGUGCAAGGACUAUAGGCGGUGAUGUGAGAGCAGCAAAUAGCAUAGGUGAUGAGCCUAUUUUGCUUUUUGAUCUUGAAAUUGAAAAAACUAUUCGCAGAAACAGAGCAAAGAAUAGAACAGUGGGUGAAAAUCCAAGAAUAACGCUUCGAGACUACUUCACUCCCUCAACAAACAUUACUACCAGCAUAGUUAACCCACCUGUGGAAGCUAACAAUUUUGAACUCAAACCAGGUUUAAUUCAAAUGGUUCAAAAUUCCACUAUGUUUAGGGGUGCACUGACUAAAGACCCAAACGCCCAUCUGAAGAAUUUUGUAAGAGUUUCAGACUCAAUAAAGUGUAAUGGCGUCACACCAGAAGCCAUUAGAAUGCAACUAUUUCCAUGGUCAUUGGCCGACAAGGCAACUACUUGGUUAGACUCGUUGCCGGAUGAGUCCAUCACUACAUGGGAUGGAGUGAAACAAAAAUUCUUGAAUAAAUACUUCCCUCCCGGAAAGGAUGCCAAGAUUCAAGCUGAAAUCACUAACUUUUCUCAAUUUGAAGAAGCAUGGGAAAGACUUCAAGACAAGCUCCGAAGUUGUCCUCACCAUGGAUUUGAGAAGUGGCAAAUACUUGAAAUUUUGUACAACGGAUUGUCAUCUCAGAAUAGAAGAGUUAUUGAUUCAGCUUGUGGGGGCUCUAUUCUAAAUAAAGAGCCAGCGGAAGUGUAUAAUUUAGUUGCAGAGAUAACGGCUGAUAGUGCUCAGUGGGCUACAAAUGACAGACACUUUAAGAAACCAGCUGGGAUGUAUAAGGUGAAUGUUGAAACCAACUUUGACAUAAAUCUAGAUGCCAUUUCUAAACAAAUUGAAACACUGAUGAAGGCACAAGUUCAACCUGCUCCCAUAGCUCACUCAAUCGAUGACGGCCUAAGUGAAGAAGCUAACUUUCUCGGCCAAAAGAAAAGUGAGUUGAGGUCUGGCAUGCAAGAUUCUUUUGUUAGAUACAUGGAGAAGGUAGGACAUCCUUGCAUGGGUGUAUUAUCUAACUAUAUGAAUAAAACUGAUGAAAGACUCCAAUCCAUUGAAGAUUUGAUAAAAGCACAAGGUCAACGAGCUCCAUCAACCGAAGAGGUCAAUUAUAUUCAUAAUCCAAACAGAGGCCAGAAUGAUCCUUAUUCAAACACGUACAACCAAGUGCAAGAGGAGAAAAAGUUAGAAGCCAAUGAUGUUUUAGUCCAGUUUAUGGAACAGACAAAUGAAAAAUUUGGAACCUUGGAGGGUCAUAUAUCAAGUAUCCUUACCUUGUUAUCUCAAAGGACUCAAGGAUCACUACCUACUCAAACCGAGCCUAAUCCAAAGGAGAAGAAUGAGCAUUGCAAGGUUGUCACUCUUAGAAGCGGCAAAGAGCUAAAUCAAGAAAACAAUCAAGAUGGUCAGGCACUCGUGCAAGAAAAAGAAGCUCUUACUGAAGGGAGCACUUCCAAAGAUCAACACCAUGGAAAGAAUAAAGAUGAGCAAGUGAAGGUAAGUGUUCCUUUUCCUCAAAGACUUAGAAAUGACCAACAUGAUAAGCAAUUUGCUAGAUUUCUUGAAAUUUUUAGGAAAUUGCAUAUUAACAUUCCUUUUGCUGAAGCUAUUUCUCAAAUGCCUAAAUAUGCUAAGUUUUUAAAAGAUAUUAUUUCAAACAAAAAGAAGUUAGAAGGCUUUGAGACAGUUAAGCUUAAUGAGGAAUGUUCUGAUAUAGUUUUAAAGAAAUUACCACCUAAGCUUAAGGAUCCCGGUAGUUUUAAUAUUCCUUGUACAAUUGGUAGCUCUCAUUUUGAAAAGGCAUUGUGUGAUUUAGGAGCAAAUUUUGUGGUAUUGGACAUGGAAGAGGAUGAGGAAGUUCCAAUAUUUAUGGGACGACCUUUCUUAGCCACCGGCGACGCAAUAAUUGAAGUUAAAAAAGGAAAAUUGACCUUGAAAUUAGGAGAUGAAAAAGUUAUAUUUCAAGUUUUUAAUUCAUUGAAAAAUCCUUCCUCAUUUGCUUCAUGUAAUUUUGUUCAAACCAAAGAUAUUAAUGAUAUGAUUACUUCUGACGUUUUCGAUGAUUUUAGGGUGCAAGAUCCUCUAGAAAAAGUACUAACCUUGCAGGGACUUGGUACGAUAGAAGGCGGUGAGGAAGAGGAGUUCUUAAAUUUUUUGCAGGCUCGCCUCCCCCCAAAGAAUUAG